UCGAAUGCCGGUUGCGAUGCAUCUCAAACAGUAAACGUCAUCCAUCUCGCCUCUUCGGCAAAAUAUGUUCGCUUAGGAGGCUAAAUCCAAAAGACUUCGUUUUCCUCUCGCAAACACGAACUUGUCGUCCGCAAACCACUUUCUUAACCAGACCAUUCGCGCUCCAUACGGAUUGCUGCUCUAGGCAAUCUAGUUUGGCACACGUAUUUUACGUAGUGCUAGCACGUUUUUUUAACACUUGCUCUUCCUGCUCUUGCACCCAUUUUUCCUAACGAACAGUGCCCCGUCCCAAGGCUUAUUACGCGCGACAUUCAAACGUACCCACGUGCGUGUUGAAUUGAAACCUUGUCUCUUUUGGACUUGGACUUGGACGAACAAAUCGGCCUGAGUCAGACCCGACCAGACGACUUGAGGAUCUUUAUCCUCGGUCUUCUUUUUUUAUUCCAAUUAUUAUCUUGUUGUUACUUCUCUGUGUUUAUUUUUUAUUCUUGUGUUCUUUUUCUCUGUUUGCAACAUCCGCAAACCCUUUCCCUCUUUUCUAUCGCUUUGUUGACCAAAAAAGCACUUAUUUUACACACUCUUAAGUCUCUCUCCUACACACUAUUCAGCUUUCCGUUUGUUUCACUCGUUAUUUUCUCUUGAGCCCUUUGUCGAAUUCUCUGUGUGCUUCUCUUACUACCACUACUACUAUUCUGCUUUUUAAUAUCUGCGUGUAAAUCCUCUUACCUCCUCACGUCGCCUUAAUUCACGCUCUCGUAACCUUUUUCUUUUCUUUUGUGUCUCAGCUUCCGAUCAUUGUUGUUCUAUGAAUCAGCGGGAUCCUUUGCCCAUUUCGCCUUCUUCGUUUUCCGUUCCCCAAACUGACUCUGAAGCUUUAAGUGGGAACGCCGCUGAUUACUCUGCCUUGACUUCCCACAUGCUUGCUUUCGAUCAUCAAAACAACCUGCAGCAACUCCACAGUCUCGGUCCCCAGCUGAAUGCCGUUCACAUCAACGAGCCCAACAAACGACGCCCUUCUUAUCAUGCGAACUCUUCAACGCCCUCUCCAACUCAAAUCUCUUCUCAACAGCAGCAGCAACAACAACAGCAACAACCGUCUCUGCCCAAACAAACAGUUCCCCCACAGCACCAAACUUCAUACACUGACUACCAUGCUGAGACUCUUCUCGAGGACUUGCAUAUGCAACGACGUCCUUCUCAUGGACAACAAUCGCAGCAACAGGCGCCGCGCCCGGUGCUCUCCCACCGUUCGUCUUACGAACAGCCCCCGUACAUGUCGCCCUCAGUGGGCUUCACCCCGGAUACGAAAGAGCAGCACCAUCAACGCCCGCCGCUCCUUCAUCCUUACAAUCGGAAUCAUUCCUUCUCGCAGGAACGACCUCCCGACCUUUCCAAAAGUCAUUUCCCCUACAUGAGUGCCUCGGCCCCUCCCAGCGUGUUCAACUUGGCGACGCCGUUUUCCGGGAAACCCGAGGAUUUCUUGGCUGCUCGAGACUCGUCGUUGAUGAUGUCGGUGGAUCCUUGGGACGCAAUUCGUUUCCCCGACUUUUUACCUGCGCAGCCGACAGGUUUGGAAUCGCGAGCCAGCAUUGACUUGUCUCCCAACGAAUCAGAUGAAUUUUCUGCAUCUAUGUCGCAUUCAUACGAGUUCUCUCGACGCCGUCACGAGUCGCUCAGCGCAGCUGACAUGCCCCAAGGUUUGCCCAGUGAAUUUGACUUGUUGACCGCUCUUCCCACUCCAACACAGGCUGCAUCCAUGACGCUUCCUGCGUACUCUAUGCCGGCUUCGUUUUCGAAUCCUCGUCGCUCUAUCGACGAAGGAUUGGCGGCAACUGCCGCUGGCGCAACAUCGGCUUCCUCGUCUUCAAAGCCCGCCUCGAACGGUGCGACUGAUGAAGUGAAAGUGAAAAAAAAGCGUCACCAAACGAAACGAGCGUGUGCCAAGUGCCAGCGCGACAACAAGAAGUGUGAUGAGUCCCGACCAUGUAUGCGUUGUCGUCGAAACAAGGCCGAAUCGGAAUGCAUUGAUCUUCCUCGUAAGAAACGUCCUUCGGGUCUUAAGCGUGGUCGGUACAAGAAAAGCGGUUCGAAUGAGAAUGCCAAGGCAAAUGCAGUAAAGCAGUCCGUAGAAGCAAGUAAGGCUGCUGCCGCUUCUCUAGUUCAAUCGACCACAGUGCCUGCUAGCACUACAGACACUGCUAUGAUGUCCUCAUCGUCCUUUGCUCCUCCCGUAAAACAGCAGCAACCGUCGCACACGCACGACGUCCAAGGCUCCUCAGACGUGCCUAUGGCAUAUGAAAUGGAGCACCACCACCAUCAACACCCAUGGACGAAUGCUGCUGCCGCUGCCGUUGCGGCCCCUUGGGAAGGCGCUAACGCUGUUUCGCACGGUGUCCGUUCCUUCUCAUCCACUGCGGAUGCCGGAUUUGGUCAUGGAUUUGCACAUGAUCACCAAUGUCUCGAACUUGAUUGCGGGACCAUGGGUUAUACGGUGAAUGUCGGCGGGUCUUCUGAACACGCAGACUGUUCGCACUCGCAUUCGCAGUCGGACGCUCUUCAGGGAGGUUCUGGCGCUUCAACUGCGCAGAAUUUGGAGUCGCCGUCAGCAGCGAUUGUGGCACCAGGUCCGGUUUCUGCGAAAAAGUCCGCUCCUGCCCCGUUGGACCUGGCUGCCAUGUCCGCCAGUAUGGCAUACCAAAACCCGACCAACAAUGGCGGCAAUAAUAACAACAACACCAACAACAGUAACAGUUCUAUGCUGUGGUCAGCAUCAGCACCUCACUCUGCUGAUCUUUCGUCGUUUCCCUCUACGUCUCACGUCCAGACAAACUCUCAUGAAUUGACUGCAAAUACUCCUCUCUAUCACCCACAGCUUCAUGAACAACAGCAACGACAACGACGUCCUUCUCAUGGACAGCAAUCAAAGCCUCAACUGCAACAACAUCACCAUCCUUAUUCCGCUAUAGACAUGGUAGAUGGCUCGGGUCGUCGUCGCCAUCAUCAUCACUAUCACCCGCCGGAUCCAGCGACUGCUUCCUCGUUCCUUCAACUGUUUAACGAUGAGACGUCGCCCCAGUAUGAGUACUCAACGGUUCCGGUAAAGAGCGAGCGCAGAAGCAGUAUCUAUGAUGGUUAUACGUCUGACCAUAGUGCACAUUCUGCACACAUGACUCACCCAAAAACGACGCCGUUGAUGCAACGUGACGCAAAUAUGCCACCGCCAUUGCAUCCAGCAGCGGAAGUCGCACAGUCUUUUGCGUCUACUUUGCAGCCCCCUUCAGCUAGCAUCGACAUUCCCGGACUGACUCCGUCCGAUUUUGAUACAUUCCCGGUGGUGCCCGGGGCGCAACCUCUUUCGUCUGCCGCUGCUGCUUCGGACAUUGAGGACCCAUGCUCGUCUGCGUCCGUGUCCGCUGCACCCACCCCAUACAAUUCGGGCAAUUCUUUUGAGAAUCCGUGGAUUGAUCAAUUGGUGCAGCAGGCUUUGAAUUUGUGAGAUUGAUGCUGCAACUAGCUCACAAAUUCGUACACAUAACAAACACACAUACACUUUCUACACACACACACACAUGAAAAAAGAGCGCAAAAGAAUUCUUGCCGGUGUAGACUUUUUAUUCUUGCCGAAGUCAUACAGGAGCGAUGAGUGAGCGAGAACCGGUCAGGGAGAUGUACCCAUGCUUACAGAGAAACAGUUUUGUCCGAUAGAGGAACAUCUCUUUGGCUGCCUCUCUACCCACCUGUCUGCCGCCUUUAAACGUAUGCGUUCCGUUGACGUGGUGCAGGCGACUGUGUCGCCUGCACCGUGUGUUCAACUCUAUGUAAGUGAUUGAAACGAAACAUAUACCAAUCUCUAUUCGUAACCAAAGGUCUUUUUUAAGAAAAACAAAGUAUUUCUUGAAAAGCGGUCGGUCUGCUGUAGCACUGGUAUGCUGUCUCUCAUCGCUGGUCGUCGGAGAGGCAAUUCAUCGUUGUGUACGAUGAGCCGUAUGCUAACUAACUAUUUUUUUUUUGUAUAUUUAACUGGUGAGUUGAAACCCUAAAAGAGACCGGUCCUAGGUUCGGGCUGUUGCUACUACUAUUUUACUACUUACUACUUACUACUAUUAUUAUUACUGUUAACGACUACAGUACGAUGAGUGUGUCUUUUAUUCGUUUUUAUGCUAUUACAGGCAUGACGACUAUCUUUACUAUACUCUUACUACAGUUUUAAUUCGUCCUCUAUGUCUCGUGGCACAUAACGGCCCGUGUGCACCUAGUCGGAUGCGCUUCCGUACGUUUACUCUCCCUGAGUUUCGUCAGCCGGUCUGACUUUCCAUGUCAUGGUGGCCUUCUGAUCUCUCCCUCCCUUCCUCCCACCUCCCUUGUCCUCAGCCGCAGCAUUGUUGCUUGUUAUAGCAAUUGCGCGUUGUGACGCAUUCUCGAUCCAUCACGUACGACGUCCCUGUUUCGUUUUUCUUUCCUUGUAUAUAGCACUGUAUCCUUUUCCGUUUUUUUCCUUUUUGAUUCAUAGCCUCCCCAUUCAUCUUGACAGUUUUCUUUUCUUUUCUCUUUUUUUUUUGUUUGGAAAUUUGUAUACCAUUCUUCGUUCUCAGAAAUACCUCAGCGUCCAUUGGUUGUACUGUGGGAGAGAGAGCUUGGCGAGAGCCGCUCUUGGCUGUUACAUAGUAUUUGCUGCUUGCAAUUGCCGGUGCUUCUAUACUUGCUAGCAAUCUCGUCCGCCCUACACAUAGUUCCUCGGAGCGCACUCAGACCGUCACAGCCUCGUCGUUCCUGAACUGCGAAAACUGCGAUGCAUGCUGCCGACUUUGAGCCGAUCAGCAAUUGCCGUGCAACGACGCAAUACCUCGAGAAACUGACUAAGGUUUUACUCAAUUUCCUCGCUGUUUCUCGAGUCGUGCCGGUUCGAUUGGAUCAACUUUCAUUCAUGAAAUUGCUAAAUGAUCGACGGAGAAAUUGAUCUACGAUUUGUUUCACCGAGGGCGAUCAGCUGUUGGAAACACAAUCGUUGAUGGUUGGGUGCGGGGUUGAGCGGGGCAGCUGAGGUGACCUUAGACGAGAAGAUAUCUUAGGACUACGUCAUAUUGGAGAGUUACGGCGCCGUUCAUUCGCUAAGAUACGAUUUACAUGCUUGUCUUAGCGACUUUACAGUGUGUCGUUCAAUGAACCCGCCGACACGCUCAUCAUUACAUGACAAUGUCGUAGCUUGUGAAGGGCAAUUCCGUCGCUCCCAAUCCAAAAAAUAGAGCAUCCGCCAAGAGGAGAGAGCCUUCAACU